AUGCUACACUCCGCUUCAACUCCCGUACCGACCAACAACUCCUCCAAAAAGAUCUUCGCUCCAACCUCCAACUCCGAAGACCCCGGCCACGCAACCCAAUACACCAAAGGCGCGCUCGACCGGGCUGACCUCCUUUCCUCCCCCACCGACCAAUUCCAUGCAUGGUUCGAAGAAGCAACCAAGGCCGGCGUCUACCAGCCAGAAACCGUAACGUUCAGCACGGCCGAGCUCCCCAGCGGCAAAGUCUCGGCGCGCAUGGUCUACAUGAAGGAACUUGACUCCAAAGGCUUCGUCAUCUACUCCAAUUGGGACACCAGUCGCAAAGCAUCAGACGUGAACAGCAAUCCACAUGCAGCGCUGACUUUCUGGUGGAGGGAACUCGAGCGCCAGGUCAGAGUCGAGGGAAGAGUUGAGCGUCUCAAGUCGGAGGAGUCGCAGGUUUACUACGACACGAGGAUCCGGGGCAGCCGCAUUGGAGCCUGGGCGAGUCAGCAGAGUAAAGUGCUCGAGGGGAGGGACGAGCUUGAGAAGAGGGUCGAAGAUGUUGAGAAGAGGUUUGAGGGCAAGGAGAAGAUCCCUGUUCCUGAUUUUUGGGGUGGGUUGAGAGUGAUUCCUGAAGUUGUGGAAUUCUGGCAGGGGAGACCCAGUCGGCUACAUGAUCGGUUUAAAUAUGAGUGGGUGGUGAAGGAGAAUGGCGAAGGAGAGUGGAAGGUAGACAGAUUGAGCCCGUAA